UAUUCAACGCCCUGGUCAACGAGCUGCAGACCGCCCCCAAACUGGCCAACGGCCCGCAGGCCGAAGCCCAACGCCAGGCUGACCAGGCGCACCGCGACGAAAUCACCCCAGACAACAUGGAGAAGGAUAACACCACGCCCAACCCGGCCGUCACCGACGCCCCGCCGGAGGAUGCGCCGCCCGAGACCAAGAUGAUCCGCCCGGUGUCCAACAACCAGAACCGCUUCGGUGAGAACGUCAACUUCAACAACUUCCAGGCGCCGCCGCCGCAGUUCAACCCGCAGUUUGGCGGCGGUCCCUUUAACGGACCGUACCAAGGGGGUCCCGGACCGUUCAACGGCCCGCAGUCCAUGUACACGCCGCCCGGACCGAGUCCCUACGCCAUGCCCUUCCAGCCCCAGGGACCCUUCGGGCAGGGACCUUAUGGACAGGGUCCGUAUGAUAAUGGCCCGUAUCAGAACCAGAAUUACCCACCACCGCCACAGAAACCGAUCGGCAAUCCCGGCAGCUAUGGCGCGGAUAAUUCAGCGCUGCAAGAAUCUGGAAUGGGCCAAUUAGGUCAGUUCUUCAGCUCCAUGGUGAGCGAACUGCAGAACUCCGGCUUCAACAACAACGUGGAAAGCGCCAUCGCUCCUAAGAAGCCCGUGAAGAAGGCACUCGUCCCCCGCCCACCGGCCGCGACAACAACCACCACCACCACCCAGAAGACCACGACGACCCCCGAUGACAGCUCAGAUAGUUAAGCACAAGCGCUGGUAGCUUCCGCGGCGCAACGGAUAUAUGUUUCGUAUUCUAUGUUCCUUUGUGAUUCUUUAAUGCACGGUUUACGUCCAGAAAUAUAUGUAAAGCAGUUGAAAUUAGCUAAUAAUGUGCAGAAACGGAAUAGCUGCUGCAGGCAGCAGCGAAUAUUCCGAGAAAAAAAACUAACGCUAUAAAAAUUAUUGCGAACGCGAAGACUUUAAACUGGUGCAAAAAAUUAACAAUUACUUAUCACAGCAGCAAAAUAAAUUCCAAUA